CACACGGACGUUCAGGAAUAAGUGUGACUUGAUAAUGAUUUUACGUGUUAUUUGUUAUAGAAACAAUUAUUGAAUGAAUUCUUUAGUGAUAUUUGUUGACAACUAAAUAUGUCGCAUAUUCCACCAGCCAGAAGAAAAAUUACAAGACUGCGAUGUGUGCAGGAAUGUAUAAAAUGUUUCAAACAAAAUUUGAGCAUGCCAGAAAGCGUGUGUUUCGUUGCUAAAGAAGUUCAGUAUUACUGUACUCAAGCUAAAGUCACGAUCAAACUUUACAGUGAACCCCAGAAAAAUAAUAAAAAGGCAAAAGAAUUAACAUUGACACCAGAAUCCAUUCUAUUUGUGAGUGGAGAAGAGUGUUGUAACUCACAUGGAAAAUGGCUUCGUGUUGUGAAGUUCCGAGCAUCACCAUCAUCUAAUGUAGAAAUUUUAAAAGAAGAGUACUGGUAUCUAAUGUAUGGCAAUAAAACAUCAGAGGACACACCUGUUAUUCAAAUUGUACCUGCUAAAAAACAUUCUCCUUAUUUAUUUAGUUGGGAUGAGAUUGUAGAACAACAUUAUGCACUUCAACUACGUGAACAUAAAUCACCACUGCCUGAACCGGAUACUGUAGCUGUGAAUCUAUUAAGACAGAGUCCACCCUCAUGGUCCUUUCAGCAUGAUGAAGUAUUGGUUUUAAUGAUGGCACAACACAUGCCUUCAGAUAAUGAUCAUCUAGGAAGCAUCAAAAAUGUUGUGGAAUCACUUGAUGUCUCUACAUCGUGUGAGGAUGAUGGACCAAUGAAUUUAACAGAUAAUGAUCCUGAUACAUACUGGGAGAGUGACGGUACACAGGGACAACAUUGGAUACAACUACGUAUGAAGAAAGGUACUAUAAUAAAGAAAUUGUGUAUUACAUUAUGUAGCAAUGAUGACAAUUAUUUACCAUCAAAGAUUCUAGUACAAGGUGGAGAAGUUGAUAAUCUUAAAACACUUGGUACCAUUACACCUGACAGGAUAAAUGGUAAACAAGAUGUGGUAUUAUUAUCAGGGUUAACAGAACAUUAUCCUCUUAUUAAAAUUAGAUUUAAAGAAUGUAAAUCCGGUGGAAUUGAUACAAGAGUAAGGGGAAUAAAAAUAACAGCAACUGGUGAGAAGAAUCAUGGUUUUGAUAUAGAUUUUUUUACAAGUGAAAAUUUGAUCCGGUUUCCACUGCUGCAAUCUUAUAGUAAAGAUCAACUUUAUCGUAGAUCACAAGUUAUACAAAGGUUUAUGGUAUUAUUAGACAGUGUACUUCAACUUCUGGUUCCAUCCUGGCAUACAUCUACAAGCUCAAAAAAUCCACUAGCGGGAAUUCGACCACUGCUACCUCUAUCUAAGAAAAGAAUGUCUUUAGUAGAUACAUGUUUAAAAGAUUCAGCAAAUGAACCUCCUGAGAAACCUACUGUGUAUAUAAAUCGUAGAAUAGCUAUGGAACACCGGUGUAACCCUAGUAACGACCCCACCUGUAAAAGUAGUGUUUUUAUUCAACUAUAUGAUGGAUUAAAACCAAGAGAAAGAAGUGCAAAACCCUUAGAUUAUAGGUGGACACAUCGACAUGAUCAGUGGUGGGAAUGUAAAUUUAUAUCAGAAGGUAUAAUCGACCAAGGUGGUGGAUUCCGUGAUAGUUUAUCAGAUUUAGCUGAAGAAUUAUGUCCCUCCACUGUUGAUAGUCCCAUUCCACUUCCUUAUUUUAUACGAGCACCCAAUCAGGAACAAGAAGAUGGUAAUGUUAAUACUGAUGUUUUUAUACCAAACUCAACUUGUACAGAUAAAGAUAAAUAUAUAUGGAUAGGUCAACUCAUGGGGGCCUGUUUUAGAGGAAGAGAAAAUUUGGUUUUAACAUUAUCAUCAUUUGUUUGGAAGAAAUUAAUUGGUGAGAGUUUGAGUUGGAGUCGUGACUAUUUAACUGUUGACAGUAUGACGACAAAAUUAAUUGAUGACUUAGAAAAGAUGGAUGCUGUGACCUUCAGAUCUGCAUCAAGAUCAUGGAGUUUAACUUUAGCUAAUGGAACAACUGUGAUAUUAAAAAUGGAUGAGAGUGGAAAUCCUCUUGUAUUAAAAUAUGAAGACAGAGAAGAAUAUUGUGAGAAAGUUAAGGAAGCCAGAAUGAAGGAAUUCGAUGAUCAAAUAACCUAUAUAAGAAGUGGUUUAUUACAAGUUAUACCCCCAGCUGUUUUAGAUCUGUUAACAUGGCAAGAAGUUGAAAGUAGAGUUUGUGGAGAUCCAAAAAUAUCCUUAGAAGCACUCAAAAAAUCAACUCACUAUGAUGAAGUAGAAGAAACAGAUGAAAGAAUUAAAUAUAUGUGGGAAGCUUUAAAGAAAUUCUCUAACGAAGAUAGAAGUAAAUUUAUUAAAUUUGUGACUGGACGACGAAGAUUACCAGCUUCUAUUUUUGUAACAUCAGGGAAAAGUGAUGCAAUAGACAGUUUACCUGAAUCAUCUACUUGCGCUAACAUGUUAUAUCUGCCUUUUUACUCUAGUGCCAAAUUAGCCGAGGAAAGAAUUCGCUACGCCAUCUAUAAUUGUGUUGCUAUAGAUACUGAUAUGCAUCCUCAAGAUGACUAGGGACUAAAUAUCAGCUUACAUAUAUUUUUUAAAUUAUUAUUGGCAUAAGAAUGUAACGUAAUAAAUUAGAUGUUCAAUAUAUUAACAUAUUUUAUAUAUUAUUUAUAGCAUUAUUACAGUUUCGUUUUAGAAGAUAAUUUAUUAAUGUUCAAUGCAAUGCUUGUAUGAACAAAUAUUAAAUGAUUAGAUUAUUUGUAUGCAGGUAUGUUUCUAUAAAACCAUCAAAAAUUAAUUCAACUGGUUAUAUCAUGGUUCGGGGGUUGGAUGGCCGAAUGGCCGAAUGGUUAGCACGUGCGUGCUGUAUCAUAAGUCCUGUCAUUGAGUCAACUGGCGUGGUUUCGAAUCCCCGGUUGUACGUGGCAAGGAGUACGGUCGCCUGUCCAACCUCGUUGGUUUUCCCCGGGUCCGCCGGUUUCUUCCCACUGCUAAAGACCCCUACGCGCAAGCGAAUUAUGGAAAUAAAAUUAAACCAUAUGUUAGUCCCGAAAUGACCUAGUUUGUGUCGAGUGGACGUUAAACCCCAUUUCUCUCUCUCUCUCUAUAUCAUGGUUCACAACAUUCUGAUGAAAUGGCAAUUAAAAUUUUAAUUCAAUUGGUUGUAUCAUAAUUUAUAACAUUCUGGUGGAAUGACCAUUUAUCAUCAAUUCAACAGGUUGUAUCAUGGUUCACAACAUUCAGGUGGAAUGACAAUUAAAAAUCAAUUCAACAGGUUGUAUCAUGAUUCACAACAUUCUGGUGGAAUGACAAUUAAAAAUCAAUUCAACAGGUUGUAUCAUGAUUCACAACAUUAAGGUGGAAUGACAAUUAAAAAUCAAUUCAACAGGUUGUAUCACGAUUCACAACAUUCUGGUGGAAUGACCAUUAAUAAUCAAUUCAACAGGUUGUAUCAUGAUCAUUAAGAAUUAAUUCAACAAGUUAUAAGAAUUAAUUUUAGCAGGUUCUAUCAUGGUUCACAACACUCUGGUACUCUGGUGAAAUGACCAUUAAGAGUUAAUUCAACGGGUUAUCAUAAGAAUUGAUUCAAUCGGUUGUAUCAUGGUUCACAACAUUCUGGUGAAAUGACCAUUAACAGUUAAUUCAACGGGUUAUUAUAAGAAUUGAUUCAAUUGGUUGUAUCAUGGUUCACAACAUUCUGGUGAAAUGAGUUUAAAAAUUUGGGAGCAAUGAUGGCUCAGUGAUUAACCAGGAGAUCCCCGGUUCGAUCUUGGGCAUUUUGCAGUCUGUUUUUCCCAUGUUAUUGGUGCAGCAUGGAGGGUUUCCUUUUUGCAUUCGGAACAUUGUAUCCAACAUUAUGGUGAACAUCUCAAUGAAUAUUACCAAUUAGUCAAAUUUUAUUUAAUUCAACCAAACUGUAGAUUAUUACUUACUUACUUUAAUUCUGUUGUAUUUUAAUAUCGCAUAUGUUAAGAUAUAUAAUGUUAAUUAUUUUGAUUGCAUAUUAUGGCUCAAUAGAAAUAUAUACCAUACUUUGAGUGAAGAAGACUUAUUAGUAAUAAUAUGCAUUCUUUUUUGUUCUGAUGCAAAUAUUGAAUAUAUUCAUAAUAUAUUAUGUGGUGUCUCAUAAUGGCUUUUAACUUGCCUCCAGCAAUACUUUAUUUAAUUACUGGAAGGUCACAAGAAACAAAAUAUAUGACUGAAAUCAUGACCAGGAGCCUUAUUUAAGAAAUCUUAAUUUUCAUUGGCUAAGAAGUAAAAUGUGUAAGAGGAUUGUAACCCCCAACCAAUUAAAUAUUUCAAUUUUUCGGUAAAUAAGGCCCCUGUGUUAUUUUGAGUUGCAUGUGCAUACCCCUGUAUUGUUAAGAGUGUUAUACAGAGCUAGUCUGCUCCCCAAUACAAUUUCAGAUACUGAAUAGGAUACUGUUUACAAUUUAAAGAUCUAUUCUUGUGAUGUUCGAUCUCCUAUUUAUAUAACCAUCUUCAAAGACUAUAUUCAAACUAUAAAGAAAUACUGUAUGUUGCCAAAAUCAAAACAUGUUAAUAAUGUUUCAAAUCUAAAAAUACCACCAUUAGGAACGAGCAGAGUGGUCACUUACCUGCUCACUUACGAUAGGUGAGUGUGUGUUGGCCUAUAGCAGUGUGCUUAAUCUAGCUUUUAGUUUCAGUCAUCUUCUAAACUUGCACUUGAUAGAUAAGGAUUUCUUAUUUAUUUUAUUGUAAACCUACUAAUAUAUAAUCAGGUAUAUUUAGUUGAUCUAAUUAACUUCAAGGGAAUAUAUCUUUAAAUGGACCAACUUGAAGGAGCUUAACCUCUUUGAUUAAAAUAAUGUAUUGAAUAUGGUUGAUCUGAUGUGUUAUGUCGAUUAAAGUAAAAUAUUGAAUUGGGUUGGUCUGGUGUGUUAUUUUGAUUUGUAAUUGCACAAGCCCUGUAUAGUUAAUUUUUGUUCUAAAGAUAAAGUGGAUGUCCUUGUUUACUAGUUAUAGUAAUACAGUAGAAUACAAAAUGUGGGCAUAUUUUGCAUGGCAACCGGUUGUUUUCUAAAGAUAAAGUGGAAGUCAUUGUUUUCUAGUUAUAGUAAUACAGUAGAAUACAAAAUGUGGGCAUAUUUUGCAUGGCAACCGGUUGUUUUCUAAAGAUAAAGUGGAAGUCAUUGUUUUCUAGUUAUAGUAAUACAGUAGAAUACAAAAUUGUAACACUGACUUUAUCUUUAGAUGUAAAAUUUGUUAGGAACACAGAUUUUCAUUUUUAAAAAACAUAUCAGCAUAUAAACUCCAAUGAAAAUUAAGAUUUUAAGUGUGACCCAAAUGCAAGAGGGUUAUCCAUUUUAAUAAAGAAUAAUAUGAACAUUACUAUAUGCAUCGAUUUUAAUGCUUUAAAUAUUUACUAACAUAGACAGUAAAUUCUACAUGUAAAAAUUAUUUUGCUUGUUUUUUCUUCUAAUGCAGAGUAGUCCUAGAUUUUGUUAAAAAAUAUCUGUAUUCAAUAAUACUCCAAUAUAAUAAAACAUGUGUAUACUGUUUAGUUAAAGAUACAUUAUGGGAGAUUAGAUAACGAGCUGGCAGUUCUCACUAUAAUAGUUAAAAAUUAGAUAAUGUAAAGGGUAUUUGUUGAAAAUUUCAGUCAAAUUCAUCCACUCUGAACCAAGAAUUUAUUGAUUGAAUUUUCGGCCUAGCCUCGAUCAUCAUUACUAAAGUCUGUAUGAUAAAAAAUAUAGUCUUGAUUAUCCAUUUCAUGAUUUAAUCAUGAAUGAAAGUUGAGCAGCAAAUCGGAUCCUAAUCCAGUAAAUAUCGCAGGCUAGCGAUGACAUCCAGAGUUAAUUAUAGUCUGGAUAAGUUAACUAAUGUCGAAUUAAUAAUUUAGAUAACAUUUCAGGCCUGAAGAAAGACCUGCAAUAGGCAGAUUUAGCUUUCGCAUAGUGUAUGUAUAAUUAUCUUUUUGAUUAGACAGUGUUGACAAGAGGAAUCAUCUAUGUGUGGAAUGGGGUGUGAAUUUGAUGACAAAUAUGAAGGUGUCAUUUUUGUAAACAAAUAUCAGAUUUUGUAUUUUUCUACUGUUGAAACAAAAGUAGAAUUAUUUUAAUAUGUACCUUCCUGUGGUUACUCUUACUCACCCUAUAUUAACUGAUUUAGCUAAACCAAAUAUAUAUAUAUAUUGCUUCCAGGUUUGAAUCAUUUGAAAAUAGGUUAUUUUACCCAGUGUUUAAAUGAUGAUUGAUAAAAUUUAGUUAAUAUGUUUUGCUUGUUAUUGUUUUUAGACCUAUGUCUGUUAAAUUUUUCUAUGUGUUUGCUCAAAUUCCAAGUUAAAUCAGUGUAUAAAUGCAAUCACGAUUUUGAUUAUCAUGUGAUCUUUUAAUGGCUGCUGUUAUAAUAGUAUGUAAUGUUUAGCACUCUAUAGUAAAAGGUCUUUGAUACCCACAAGUUUUUUUCCCCUUACAAGUAUAACUUAAGACUUAUAAUCAGCUGUCUAGAAUAGGUGUUGAAAGAUAAAGUUUGCUAGAAAUUUAUUAAGAGUUCAGCAAUAGUCUGAUUUGUAAGCCAAUAUUAUGAAAGCAAGUCAAAAUGCUAAACGAUACGACUCUGUACUAAGCAUUUGUUACUGGUUAAUUUAAAUAUAUAUAUAUAUACCGUUCUUUAUAAACAUAUGUAAUGGAAAUUAAUUUCAUUGGCUUGAUGUCUUUUGAAAUAAAUUGUGAAAUAUUA